AUGGGAGUGUACGAGGACAGGGGAGCGAUGCACUGGCAACAGAAUGAGCGGUAUCUGUCUUCGGCAUACGAGGGUGCGGGCGAUCUGUCGCCGGUGGCUCCCGCGGCGUCGCCCGUCUCGCCCCGCGACUGCACUUCGUGCCGCAAGAGAGAGCCGCCGGACGAGCCGCCGGCCCCCCCGCCGGACGACUCCUGCGCUGGCUGCGGCUCCAAGAUCACGGACAGGUUCUACCUGCUGGCACUGGAGCGGCGCUGGCAUACGCCCUGCCUGAGGUGCUGCGAGUGCAAGAUGCCCCUCGACUCCGAGCAAAGGUGCUACGCGCGCGACAGCAACAUAUUUUGCAAGAGCGAUUAUUUGAGGUUAUACGGUUCGAGGCGCUGCGCACGCUGCAACACUAUGAUUUCCGCCUCCGAGCUGGUGAUGAGAGCCCGAGACUUGGUGUUUCACGUGCACUGCUUCUCUUGUGCUCUCUGCAGCACGCCCCUAACCAAGGGCGAUACGUUCGGCAUUAGAGACUCCGCUGUCUACUGCAGGCUGCAUUACGAGAUACCGGACUAUGGCGCUCACAUGGCAGUUCCUGGGCCGCCGCAAAUGUGUCCGGGAUCUUUCGGCGGGCCGCCGCCGGGUCAGCACUACCCCCCUUAUCCAUCACCAGAGUUUGCGCCCGUGGAGCCUGACCUACCAAAGGGGCCCUUCUUCAAUGGCGCAGCCGCACCACCGCCAAGGCAGAAAGGGCGGCCGCGGAAAAAGAAGCCGAAAGACCAAGACAUCAUGACGGCUAACCUCGAUCUGAAUGCGGAUUAUUUGGAGAUGGGGUUCCGGGGUGGCGGAGGGCUCGGCACCACGUCCCGCACCAAGCGCAUGCGCACCAGCUUCAAGCACCACCAGCUCCGUACCAUGAAGUCCUAUUUCGCGAUCAACCACAACCCCGACGCGAAGGACCUGAAACAACUCAGCCAGAAAACAGGUCUACCUAAGAGAGUUUUGCAGGUGUGGUUCCAGAACGCCCGCGCGAAAUGGCGGCGAAUGGUGACGAAGCAGGAAAACAAAAUGGCGGAGAAGUGUUCGCCGGAUGCCUCGCUAGAGAUGGACAUGUACCACGGGCCGAUGUCGCUGCCUCCCCACAGCCCCCCGUACAGCGUAAUGGGGGGUCCUCCCAGUCCCAAUUCCAUGGAUUGUCCA